AUGCAACCAAGCUGGUGCCAGCCUGGUUUCCAGGUCUAUAUCCAGUUCACAACAGAUUCACUCCUCAGGCUUUUUGUUGUUGCUCCGGGCAGCACGAGCGGCAUCCCUCACGGUGACAACCGGGAGCGUCCCCACGGGAGGACCGAGGACGGCUGUGGAGGGAGGAGGCCGCUCCGAGUGGCUGCGCUGAGGGAGCCUGGACGAGCCUCCGUGCGUCCGGAUUGUAUUUGCUUUAGGUUUAAAUCUAAUGAAAGAGUUAUCGUAGGAGCCACAAACUUCCCAGAAGCGUUAGACAAUGCCUUAAUACAUCCUGGUCAUUUUGACAUGCAAGUUACAGUUCCAAGGCCAGAUGUAAAAGGUCAAACAGAAAUUUUGAAAUGGUAUCUCAAUAAAAUCAAGUUUGACCAGUGUGUUGAUCCAGAAAUCAUAGCUCAAGGUACUGUUGGCUUUUCUGGAGCAGAGUUGGAGAAUCUUAUGAACCAAACUGCAUUAAAGGCUGCUGUUGAUGGAAAAGAAAUGGUUACCAUGAAGGAACUAGUUUUCCAAAGAUGAAAUUC